UUGAAAUUCGGUAGGUAUUGUCAACAAAAUAACAGUGAACAUAUUUUCGUAGACGUGUCAGUGUGUUGGACGAUGUUAACUAAAUUUGAAACUAAAUCUGCCCGGGUGAAAGGGUUAAGUUUCCAUCCUAAAAGACCAUGGAUUCUUGCUAGUUUACAUAAUGGAAUUAUUCAGCUCUGGGAUUAUCGUAUGUGCACUUUGCUUGAUAAGUUCGAUGAACACGAUGGGCCGGUCAGAGGAAUUUGUUUCCAUAGUCAACAGCCUCUCUUCGUUUCUGGUGGUGACGACUAUAAAAUUAAAGUAUGGAAUUACAAGCAAAGGCGAUGUAUAUUUACCCUUAUGGGCCAUCUAGAUUAUAUUCGAACAACAUUUUUUCACCAUGAGUAUCCUUGGAUUCUUAGUGCUUCUGAUGAUCAGACUAUCAGGAUUUGGAAUUGGCAAUCUCGUGCAUGUAUCUGCGUCUUAACUGGCCAUAACCACUAUGUUAUGUGUGCUCAUUUCCAUCCCACUGAAGAUUUGGUAGUAUCUGCUUCUCUUGAUCAAACUGUCCGUGUUUGGGAUAUAUCUGGUCUUCGGAAAAAGAAUGUGGCUCCUGGGCCUGGAGGAUUAGAAGAACACUUAAAAAAUCCUUCACAUACAGAUUUGUUUGGAACAUCAGAUGCUGUAGUGAAGCAUGUUUUGGAAGGUCAUGAUCGUGGUGUUAACUGGGCUGCUUUCCACAAUUCUUUGCCUCUUAUUGUAUCAGGAGCUGAUGAUAGACAAGUUAAGCUGUGGAGAAUGAAUGAUUCAAAGGCAUGGGAAGUUGAUAAUUGUAGAGGACAUUACAAUAAUGUGUCUUGUGUUCUUUUCCAUCCAAGGCAAGAGUUAAUUCUUAGCAAUUCAGAAGAUAAAAGCAUCAGAGUCUGGGACUUAGUGAAACGAACAACUCUAUACACUUUCCGUCGUGAACACGACAGAUUCUGGAUCAUGACUGCUCAUCCAAGCUUGAAUCUCUUUGCUGCUGGUCAUGAUACUGGCAUGAUCAUCUUUAAAUUAGAAAGAGAACGACCAUCAUUUGCUGUGCAUAAUAAUUUGCUGUACUAUGUUAAGGAUCGUUAUUUGAGAAGAUUGGAUUUCAAUCAGUCUAAGGAUGUUGCUCUCCUGCAACUUCGUGGGGGAAAUAGGAGUCCAGUGUUUAGCAUAUCUUAUAAUCACGUUGAGAAUGCGGUUUUAGUUUGUACUCGUACAAACAAUGUUGAUAAUAGUACUUAUGAUUUGUACAUGAUUCCCAAAGAAAUUGAUCCAAAUCUGAAUGAAACAUCUGACUGUAAAAGAUCUUCUGGUUUAACUGCUGUAUGGAUUGCUCGAAAUAGAUUUGCAGUUUUAGAUCGUACUCAUACACUGGUUAUAAAGAAUAUGAAAAAUGAAGUCACAAAGAAAGUGCAAGCUCCACCUUGUGAUGAAAUAUUUUAUGCUGGUACUGGUAUGCUUCUACUCAGGGAUUCAGAUGGUCUCAUUCUAUUUGAUGUUCAACAAAAUAGAUUAUUAGCUACAGUGAAAACAGCCCGAGUUAAAUAUGUUAUUUGGAGUAGUGACAUGAGCCACGUUGCAUUUUUCAGUAAGCAUGUUAUCACCAUAUGUAAUCGCAGAUUGGAUGUGCUCUGUACAGUUCAAGAAAAUAGUAGAGUCAAGAGUGGUGCAUGGGAUGACAACAGUGUAUUUAUAUAUACAACUUCUAACCACAUUAAAUAUGCAUUAACAAAUGGGGACCAUGGCAUCAUUCGAACUUUGGAUGUACCCAUCUAUAUUACAAGAGUAAAAGAUUCCAAUGUGUAUUGUUUGGAUAGAGAAUGCAGACCAAGAGUAUUGACCAUCGAUCCAACUGAAUAUAGGUUUAAACUUGCUCUUGUCAAUCGAAAAUAUGAAGAAGUUCUACAUAUGGUAAGAAAUGCUAAAUUAGUUGGACAAUCCAUAAUUGCUUACCUUCAAAAGAAAGGCUAUCCAGAAGUGGCUUUGCAUUUUGUUAAAGAUGAAAAAACUCGGUUUGCUCUUGCACUUGAGUGUGGCAACAUUGAGGUUGCAUUGGAUGCAGCAAGAAUUUUGGAUGAUAAAGCAUGUUGGGAGAAACUUGGCGAAGCUGCUUUGUUGCAUGGAAAUCAUCAAGUUGUAGAAAUGGCAUACCAACGGACAAAGAACUUUGACAAGUUAUCAUUCUUGUAUCUUAUCACUGGAAAUCUGGAAAAGUUGAGAAAGAUGAUGAAAAUUGCUGAGAUACGUAAAGAUACCAGUGGACAGUUUCAGAAUGCAUUAUAUCUUGGAGAUGUGGCAGAAAGAGUUAAAAUUUUGAAGACUUGUGGACAAACAUCUGUGGCAUAUUUGUGUGCUAUCACACAUGGACUAGAGGAUGAGGCUGAAAAUCUGAAAGAAAUAAUGGAAAAAUCAGAUGUAACCUUACCACAGCCAGAUCCCAGUGCUGUACUUCUUCAACCUCCUUGCCCAAUCAAUAAAUCUGAAGAAAACUGGCCUCUGCUGAGUGUAUCAAAGGGCUUCUUUGAUGGUGCCAUCGGUUCUCGAAAAACUGCCCUGGCAGCUGAAGUCCCUGAUGACAACUUAGCUGAAGGCUGGGGUGAUGAUGCUGAACUUAUGUUGGAUGAAGAAGGCAAUGUUGAUUCUGUUAUUGAAAGUGAUGUCAAAGAAGGUGGAUGGGAUGUCGAAGAUGAAGAUUUGGAACUUCCUCCCGAACUUGAGGCUUCAGCUGCUGCUGCUGCUUCUGGCGAGGAAGGAUAUUUUGUUGCUCCUACUCGUGGUGUUCCGCAAACACAGAUGUGGGUCAAUAAUUCCAAACUGGCUGUUGACCAUAUUCUUGCUGGAUCUUUUGAAACAGCCUUCCGACUUUUGCAUGAUCAAAUUGGAGUUGUUAAUUUUGAGCCUUUCAAGCAAAUUUUCAUGAUUUCAUACGCAAGAAGCAGAUCCUGUUUUCAAGGUAUGUCACCAAUCCCACCCCUUAAUGGCUAUUUGCUCCGCAACUGGAGUGAAGCUGGUCCUAAGAAUGGUGUUCCUGCUAUUGGUUGCAAGUUGAAUACUCUGAUUGAGCGCUUACAGUCCUGUUACCAGUUAACAACUUCAGGGAAAUUCCAAGAAGCGAUUGAACGCUUCAGGAUUCUGCUUUUAAGCAUUCCACUGCUGGUAGUGGAAAACAAGCAGGAGAUAUCUGAAGCUCAACAACUUCUUGAGAUCUGCCGUGAAUAUGUUCUUGGAUUGUCUCUGGAAUUAGACAGAAAAGCUUUGCCAAAGGAUACUUUGGAACAACAGAAACGAACAUGUGAAAUGGCUGCUUACUUCACCCAUUGCAAGUUAGAAUCUAUUCAUCAAAUUCUUACUCUUCGUACUGCUGUUAAUUUGUUCUUCAAGUUAAAGAAUUACAAGACAGCUGCAUCAUUUGCUCGCAGGCUUCUGGAGUUGGGACCAAGAACCGAAGUUGCUCAGCAAACAAGGAAAAUCUUGCAAGCUUGUGAAAAGAAUCCUGUUGAUCAACAUCAACUACUUUAUGAUGAACAUAAUCCAUUUGCUAUUUGUGGCAUUUCUUACAAGCCAAUUUAUAGAGGUAAACCUGAAGUUAAAUGUCCUUUAUGUCAAACUAGCUAUUUCCCUGAAUACAAUGGUAAUGUCUGCAAAGUGUGCAGUGUUGCAGAAAUAGGAAAGGACACUAUUGGAUUAAGAAUCAGCCCUUUACAGUUUAGAUAAAUUCACAUCUAUAUCUCUGUGUGUAUGAGCUUUAUAAUAUUAUAGCCAGAAAAAUUUUGUUUAAAAAAUAUUCAUUGAAGGAGGAUGUAAUUGUUCAUUUUAUCAUGUGUUAUGUAUUUUUCUUUAAUAAAUUAUGAUUUAUGAA